CUACUUUACCCAACAACAUGGACAGCUUUCGUAACCUGGCAAAAUCUUAUAUACCUCCCGUCGUAAUGGUACCCAUCAUACAGACCAUCUUGAGUCUGCCUUACGGAAUGUCUCGAUAUGUGAUUGGCAAUUUAACAGCGCCCGCAAAAUCACAAUGGAGUUGGAUAACCAUGGUCAAACAAUCAACAUGGAAAGGGGCCUGGAUCGGUCCCUCCAUGAGCGACUGUACCGACAACGAGGCCGAGCUUUUGCAAAGAAUUAAAAGUGCUGAUUUAAUUAUCUACAAAGCCCACGGCGGCGCAUUUCGUUUGGGUCACUGCUUGAUGUACAUGGACGUAUUUAUCACUUGGAUAGAGCUUUUGAAAACAAAAUACAAUAUCAACGCAUUGAUUCUGUCGAUAGAUUACAGUUUAGCGCCUGAAUAUCAAUACCCUGUGCCUGUGAUCGAAUGUGUCGGAGCAUAUCAUUAUUUAAUCGAUACUUUACAGAUCCCUGGUUCAAAAAUUAUUCUUUCUGGGGAUUCAGCUGGCGGUGCGCUUUGCUUAGAGACAUUGAUUCGGGUGUAUGCACCUGACAUGCUGGAAAACCUGGACGCGCCUCGCACAAAUUUCGCAGCCGAGCUUCCGGCCGGCAUGCUCUUGGUGUCACCUCUCGUCUCUGCAGAUACACACACAUGGCUUUGGGAAUACAAGGAGGAUUUGAUUACACAAUCAUUGGCUACGCAAGUGUUUAAAGAGUAUCUGAAUAUGCCAGAUGCUACCAAUCAUGAGGAUCUUCAUCUCUUAAAAUUAGCGCGUAUACGUUCAGGUUAUAAUCGAUUUGCUCCAAAAAAUCUUUUGUGCUAUGUGGGUAAAAGAGAAGUCAUGCGAGAUGUUAUUUUGACCCUGGCUGAAUCUGCCAGAAGUGAUGGAUCAACCAAUGUCCAAGUACGCCAGGAGAACUUCGAGCAUAAUUGGUAUUUUAUUAGGGAGUUGGUAGGAUACAGAGAUAAACAUAUCUUGGAUCAUUGUGAUGCCGAGUUUGUUGACUUUGCUGCCAGAUGUCUGAAAGAAGCUUCCAUUGAAGUCUUUGUCGAACCUUCUUCAUGUAUCACUCCUGAUAAGGUCUUAGUAAAAGAAACCGUCAUUUCUCCUGUGUAAAUAAAGGGUCCUUUUUUAAAAUUAUAAAA